CGGCGAGCGGCAAUCGCGCGCCAACCUCUGCCGCGGGAGGGCGCCGCCGACGCCCGUCGCGUUCCUAUAUCACGCACGUGCUUGCUACUACAACGUUAUCGUGUAUCGGUGUGAGUGACUGCCCGUUGAAUUAUUCCGUGUCAAUACGCCUCCGCCUCUGCCGGUGCGAUGCGUGUCUAGCAUACGUAUCGCACGAUUGGUUGUCGUGUGUAAAUGAAUAUGUUUGUUCUUGGGCAUUAUUGUUGUUCCCGAGGGAUCGGCGGCGAUUGAUAUCGCUCACGGAUGUGUUCAACGUUCGAAAAUGGGUUAACUGCGCUUUUUGGGAUGUCGCUCAAAAUUGAAAUGCGAUAGUUCUGACUGACUCUUUAUUGUGAAAGAUGAGGGAAUAGAACAGUGUGACAAAAUGGAUGACAGUUCACCUGACUUGUCGCUGAAAUUGCGACGAGGGUCCAGCGACUCUCGCGAGUCGUUUUACAUGGACUUCGCGCAAGGUAUCGACUCGGACAUCGAAGAGGUGACGACGAUUGAGCGUGUGAUUCCUGAGCAUCCGGGAGGGAGGACGGAGGGUGAUGCCGACACUCUGGCGACGCCGUCCGGUCUAGAGGAGAACAAGGAGCUGGGACAAUGUUGCUACUCCAUCCCGGCGAACAACAUGUCGGGUGGAUCUCACGUCUCCCGCGCCACGUUUGGGGGCGCAGACUCUGAGAUCUCUGGUGGUAGCGCUCCGCCUCUACCGAGCCCAGCUUCAGCGGGGGCUGCGCUGGUGUCUCCAGAGACACUGAGCCGCCACAGCAGCCCCCCACCACUACCACCACACCCUUCGCACCAGCAACCAGCACCUUCUUGUUCUUCCCAUAGAGUGCACCUGGAGUCCCCUUUGAGAUUAUCGAGUCCUCCAUCAAUGUCCCUGGGCGGCUCGCUGUCUCUCCAACCAGUGCUGUACGGGCCUGGUGGGGCACACGCCCCACUGCCCCCGUCCAGGCGGCUGUCCCGACCAUCUGCAGCUAUACAACACAUGCAUGUGAUUAGCGCAAGCGACGCGUUAGCAACAACUCUGUCGGCCCUCUACGGGAAGCUGCUCGUCGUCAUGGGCAUCGCCUUCCCCAUGGCUGAGGUCAUCUCCACAUACAUUCCACCCUCAUUCUAUGAGGGGUUCUACCUAUACCUGUACAUCGGCAGUAUGGUGUUCCUCCUCUACAUGUAUGCGGCUCUCGCGAGGGAUCGGUCGAAGUCAUCAGCUCCAGAUACUACGGUUGUUGCAAAAUCAGACUCAAGUUCAUCUCCAUCGGAGUCGGACUCCUGUUCAUCUCGCACGGAGCGCAGCACGGCCACAGCAGCCCACAUCCCGCCGCAGCUGGCCGCCAAGCGACUGUCUCUGGGCUUCGCACUGGCCUCACGCACACAUCACUACGGGAGCUUCUAUCUGAGGAUGGGGGCAGUUGCUUUCGGUAUCGGUUCCAUGAUCUACUCGGGUCUGGAGUUUGGUCAGUAUUGGGAGUUGGAGAGGAACACCAAUUGUCAUAACGUUCUCCUGGCCCUGACUCCGGCCACCAGGAUGGCGUUCAUCUUCAUACAGAUGUAUUUCAUCUUUCUUAAUAACGAGAUGAAAGUGUACAAGCACAAGAUUGUGGCCCGGUUUGGCCUGAUGCAUAUGGUUGGAACCAACCUUAGUGUUUGGCUCAACGUACUGGUUCAAGAAACGAAACACGAAAUCCUUACUUUUUACGACCCGGAGAACAAAACUAUUGGAUUGUCACAUCGACUUGCGUUCCAAAAGGCGUUUGCUUCAUUGACAACCGACGUGCCCCCAUCGCACCCAGCCGCCGCCCACCUGCGCGUCCCAAGAGGUCUCAAAGGUCCUCAUCACAUCUUCGAGUGCCGCCGAACAAACAUCAUGGGAUCCCUCGUCCAGGAUGCAUCUCCAUUCCUCUUCCCUUGUACCAUCGAAUACUCUCUCAUCUGUGCUGCGAUCCUUUACGUCAUGUGGAAGAAUAUCUCCAAAUACCCAUCAAAAGACGUCGCGGCAGCUAUAGUCAAAGCUCGAAUACUAGAAGGUCUGGCCUACAAAAAAUCCCCACAUUUGUACAGUGUCGACUGUGCACGAGCUCAUAAAGGCCUCUUCUUCGGAAUCCUAGUUUUGGUACUAACUAUAAUAUCAUUGAUACUCUUCUUUGUUUUAGUAUCAAAGAAGGAUUAUGCGACCCUCGCAGUAGUUGAAGUCAAUGUUUGUGAAUUAGCGCUGUAUGCUAUGACAACAUUUGCUAGUUUAGCGGGAAUGGUAUGUGUUAGGAAGCUGAAAUAUGAUGGAAACCGAAAUCUUGAGCUAGACAAUAUUCUUCUAGUAGGUGCCCAAACUGGAAUGUUCAUCUAUGGAACUUUCACAAUUAUCGGAGGACAUUUUACAAUAGAGAAGAACACCAUUCUCAUAUUGAUAACAGCUCUGUCCUCCUUGAUCCAGACUACAUGUCAAACCAUGUUUAUUCUCGAUGCAAGUCGAAGAUCAGCGAAAACGGCCGAACAGUUGCGAAAAAAGCCUGGAAGAGAAAUAGUUACCUUCCUAUUGGUGACAAACUUGGCAAUGUGGGCGAUAAACACUCUGGAGAAGUCAAGAGCAGAGUCUCAUCCUGUGCAACUACAUUUCUAUGGGUUGUGGGCUUGGACAAUCAUCACCCAUGUUUCGAUGCCUCUGGCUAUCUUCUACAGGUUCCACUCCACAGUGUGCCUGUGUGAGAUAUGGAAACGAGCGUACAAGAUGAAGCCUGCUUACAUGUAGCGACCGGCUCGGAGGUACUGGAGCACAGCGCUGUCUUUCAGGGUGUGAACCGUGGUACUUUCGGAACCAUACAUGUAGACAUGUGGUAGUUGGAUGUUAGUGCCAUAGUCUCAGCUAAGUACAGUGGACACCAGAUCGAAUACAAUAAUUAGAUAUGAGUAACAUGUCCUACCGACUCAUUAGAUGUAGUGGAAGGUUUCAUCCGUUCAGUGUUCACUAGCCACAUCGUUUGAAAGUUGACUGCUGUAAUGUUAAGUUAUUGUAUUAAAAUAUUUUAAUGUGUUAUUUAUUUGUAGCUUUAUUAUACGCUUUAAUUAUCAUAGCGGAACUGAUGUUGAGACGCAGUAUUUCACAAUUAAACGGGUUGGAUUUUAUUGAUUUUAGCGCUUUACAUUUUAGAUGUGAAUUUUUCUGCAAGUUUUUAGUGUUAAAUGUAUUGUUAAUAUAUUGAAUGUGAACCUAUUAAUGGAUAAGUUAUGUGUUCAUAUUUCAUCUUGUUUACUUAGACGUAUGUAGGAUCAGUUAGGGAUUAGUUAGUAAGUAUUUGUAGAGAUUGUAUUCAUUCCACAUUCCACUAUAGCAGUUAUAUCUCUCAAUCGCCAUGCGUAAUGUUUAUGAUGCACUUUGAUUCAAAACGAAAGUCUUCCAUUAGGUUACAUUGUUUUAUACGUUCCGUUUACAAUAUUUUCUGUUUCAGCUGCGUAUAUAUAGCUCGUAUUAUUCCAUAGUACAGUGGGAACAAUAAAUUCUAUCGACCUAACGAUAUUUUUUUGAGAAUUUUUGACUUAAAAACAAUACAUUGGUUAUGAUAAUAAAGUACUUUUUACUAUGAAAAGCGAAAUAGUCUGAGCAGAUAUUAGAAAUUUUGUAGCGGAUAUUUUGGGACGAAAAAUGUAGUAGUGUCAGUAAUUUUUGAUAAAUUUUUAACUUGUAGCGAUACCUCGGACCCAGUAGUUAGGCAAAAUGUAACACCAAAGUCGUAUAAAUAAGAAAUUUUUGGAGCUUAUUAUGUGAGUAGUCCAGUGAAUACUCGUAGAUACAUUAAUUGAUCGCCAUGCAUCACAUUUUCAUUGUCUAUAGUUAUAGACUUAGCAAUUUCGUCCACUACUUAUGAAUAUUUCACUUUUAUUUCAAAGACAUAUACACUGAUUUUUAAUAACAUUUUAUUAUUCAGUAGAAAGCGUUUUUAUAGCAGAGCAGAUGAGUAAAUUUUAAACUAUCUUUGCAAGAUUUUUAUAACAGAUUUUAUUGUAAAUUAUUUUAUCUAAAUAAACGAUAAUCUUAUGAAUUUUGCACGCCUGAAGCCGCUACUAAAUAAUUUUGUAAUUUUUUCUGUAAACUUAUGAAUUCAUAUUAAUCUAUUUUAUAUUUAAUAUUGCUCAAAUAUGGUAUACCUAAUUGCGACUCGAUUAUGUAGCAAAUAUUAAUUAUGAGUUUUUGUAUCACAAUUGAAUCUCAAAAUUGGAUUUUUAUUUUUGCUUCAGUGAUGGUUUCUUCUGGAAAUAAUAGUACCUACCUAAAAGUGUAUUUUCUAUACAUUUAUUUGAAAUAUUGAACAAUAGUUUUACCAUUUUAGUCCUAGAAAUUAGGAUACCUGCAUAUUACGACUAUAAUAUAUUCAAAUGUUUAUAAACUACUGUUUUAUAUAACGUUAAAAUUAUUUUUUCAAAUGUUACAUCUCAUUCCCAUUCUCUACAUUGCUUUGCAUAAUAAUUAUUAUACGUAGUUUCUGGAGAUUUUUAGAAAGCAAAUAAUUUUGAACCUUUUAUAUAUUAGUGUUAGAGUCCUUUAUACUUUUUUAUAAUAUUAUAUUAUGGUAAACCUAGUUGGAUGUACUAGGUGUGUAUAGUAAGUACAUUGAAUACUCAAUAUGAAAUUUUAGCUUUAAAUUAUAAUGUGAAAUACCAAAUUUAUACCUACUUAUAAAUUAUUGUAGUAUAGGAGUGAAUGCGAUACGUUGUACCUUUUUUAUUGAAGACAGAACGCCAUUGUGUUUGGUAAAAAGUAAAACAAAACUGCAAUAUAAAAGCGAUUGCUUACAUGAGAAUGUAUAAAAUAGAUCUAAAAGUUUAGAAACUCCUUUGUACUAGCUAUUUACAAAGAAAGUAAAUGUUAGAUACAUAAUAAUGCUCGUAUAGUUCUUAGAUAUUAAAUAAAUGAUGGACAUACAAGUCAUCCGUAGAUAACAAAAUACUCAUCUCAUAGUCAUUUGGAAAUAAUGGAAUUGAGUUUAAAAAAAUGUGUUAUUUUUCUCGAUUUACCAAAUGAUUCUCUUAACGCCACGCCUUUUAUCCCCGAAGGGGUAGGCAGAGGAGCACAUUACGGCAAGUAAUGCCGCUGUACAAUGUACACCCACUUUUCACCAUUUGUGUUGUAAGUUCAAUGUAAAAUAGUGGGUGAGUCUAUUGCCAUAUACUGAACACGAUUCUCUUUUAAAUAUAAAACUUUCCUACAUUAGAAUUUUCUAUUGUGUCGUUGUUUUUUUAUAAACAGAAUUACACCUAGACCCGGAAAAUAAAAUUAAGAACUGUUUGUGCAAGUACCGGUCCUUUGAAAACUUUUAUAUAUUUAUAUUCUAAGAGAAGAGCGAUUCUAUGGUCACAAUAUCUGAAGUUCCUUGUACCUAUUUAUUUUCUUACACUUCUCACAGUUAACAAUCCUUUCACUGGAAUGUAUAUAAAAUGUAAUGUAAUUAUAGAGUAAGGUAUAUAAAUGUUUUAAUUUAUACUUAGGAUAGUCUCCUUCGUACCCAUUAUACCAAAUAUUCGUUACAUUAUCUUUCAUUUUUUAGUUAGUUACUGGCAUUUUGUUUAUUUUCUGUAAAUUGUGGAUAACUUUGGCAUUGGUUUUGAAGUUUUACCUGCUUAAAUGAGACUUGUUUUUGGUCUAUCGAUGAAAACUAGUGAAUUUUCUAGUUACAAAAUCCUCUGCAACAGCACGGAGUCUGCAACUAUUGUUGGUACUCUUUUCCAAGUACAUAAAUGUCGGAGUUUUAUAUUAUUUUUGAGUUUACAUACAGUUUAUAUAUUAAUGUAAUAACUUCGGAACAGCCAAAGUGAUCCAUAAUUUGCAAGAACAAGUUAUAAAAUAAUGCCUUUGUAUAAAUAAAUAGUGAUACUAGAAUAUUGUUUUUGAUUAUAUAUUUGUGAGCUAUUUAUUUGUUUAGGAGCGACUGUGAAUAGAGGUUUAGCGGUAAGAUUGUCUCCUUGGAUGUUUAACGUUUACAAACAAAUAAAAACUUUUCUUGAAAUUAUCCUGGAA